UAAGACGCCAACGAAUACACACGUGUUGUCUCGCGAAAUUCGACACUGCAAAUUAACGGACUGAAAUGUUUAAACUGCUCUACACAAGAGUGCCAAAAGUGAAAUUGUGACGUGCUCAUUGAUCAACGUUCUCUUGAACGUCGCCGCUUGUUGUGCAAAUGCGUCGCGUGUAGUUAGUUCCGUCAAUCCAUCGACAUAUUCCCACGUCCAUUGAAGGCAGCGUCAUUGAGUGACGACUGGAAGUGAAGUUGGUCCCCGCUUUCGACUCCACAACGCUUGAAUAAUUUUAAUGUUUUAACUUGAGCGAAUUAUCUGGCCGUGAAAAAAAAAAGUUGUCUUACCACGCGGGGAAAAUGCAGACAAUUGAAAUGGAUAUGGUGGCGACUCGCGCGUGAGAGUGGCUCCCGAAACACAGGAAGACGCGUGAACGACGGAUGUGUGACCGUGACGACCGUAGACUCGUUUUGUUUCAUGUCCUCGUCUGAAGUUGACGUGUUGGGCGACUAGUUCAAGCUUCAGCCUCACCGAGGCUUCUUCUUCUUCUUGCUGUGGGGUGGACCGAACGCGAGCCCCCAGAACUGCGUCGCGUGUGCUCGCAUACGUGCUCUCGUGGGUUCCAACAUGGGCACCCAGGGCACAGGACGGAAAAGAAACAGCAACAAGGAGAGAUCCACGGCAGAGGACGAUGCCUUAAAUCUCAUCGCCCGAGAGGCUGAGGCCCGACUGGCAGCCAAGAGGGCGGCGAGGGCGGAAGCCAGAGAGAUCCGCAUGCGGGAACUCGAGAGGCAACAAAAAGAGAUCUUUCAGGUGCAGAAGAAGUAUUAUGGCUUGAAUCCCAAAUCAGAUGACAGAUCAGACAGCAAAUGGGGAGAUAUUGAGCAAUGGAUGGAAGACAGUGAGCGAUACUCACGACCCCCACAGCCGCACACGCUUUCGGAUGACGACGAACGCACGUCCGUGGGAAGCCGAGGCAGCGCCAGGAGCUCGUCGUCGCUCUCGCAUAAGUCCAAGAAGAAAAAGAAGCAUAAGCACAAAGAGAAGGAUAGGAACGGCCACGAUGAUGAGUACGGUGUUCUAUCCAGCCGGGCAUCGUACGCCUCGUCUGACUCGUACAGCCUCAAUGGUCUGCCCGCCGGCCGGAAUCCGGGUUCAAGUGGCACCUACCAGAGCUCCUUAUACGAGGACGGUCUCUGCUCCGGGUCGCGGCGACUCUCCGGCUCCAACUUUGGCUCCCAUCCUCUCGAGUACAGCGGCUGCCGCAGCUCCAACUCCAGAACUUCCAGCCGGGCCAAUUCUGCCCGUACCAGCCCAGCGGUGAGCCGUCCACAUAGCCUGCCCGCAAGUCAUGAAAUGCAGCCGCCUGACAACGCUGGCUCUGUCGCCAGUCUGUACAGAAGCACUUCCAGUAGCAGAGGCCUCCCCAGAGAUCUGGACGAUGUUACUAUUCCCGAUUUUUCUGACGUCGACGACAGGGAUUAUCUGGAGAAAGGUUCCCGAGCGGCUUCCGCGUUAACGCCGGCCACUCUCUCCUCCCUCGGCGGGACUUCCUCGCGGAGAGCAAGCGUAGAGACCGCCAUCACGGUCGACGCCGAAACGGCAACGAGAGAAAUUAAGGAAAUUCAUGAACUGAAGGAUCAGAUCCAAGAUGUGGAGUCCAAGUACAAUCAGAACCUAAAAGAAGUCAAGGAGGCGUUAACAGAAGUGGAGGAGAAAUACCGCAAGGCCAUGGUGUCCAAUGCCCAGCUGGACAAUGAAAAAAACAACCUGAUGUACCAGGUGGACACACUGAAAGACUCGCUGACAGAACUGGAAGAACUCCUGUCCGAGUCGAGGCGGGAGUACGAAGAGAAGGUCAAGGACUUUGAACGCGAGAAACAUGCCCACAGUGUUCUUCAGUUCCAGUUCAACGAAAUGAAAGAGACGCUGAAACAAAGCGAGGAGCUGCUCAAUGAGAUCCGUCAGUUGCGUUUGAAACAGGAGGCUUUUGCUAGGGAAAUAUCGGAUCUACAAGAGACGGUGGAGUGGAAGGAUAAGAAAAUUGGGGCCUUAGAGCGACAGAAAGAAUACACGGACGCAAUCCGAACUGAGCGAGACGAACUCAGAGAAGAGGUUGUGAAGCUGAAAGAUAUUCUAAAGAAACACGGAAUAGUACUCGGACCCGAUCUGAGCCUCAAUGGCGAUAGCAGCGAGACGGAAACGGACGUCGCCACCAGCGGCGGCGAUGCCGCUCCCCAGCAGGCUCAGGCUUCGCCGACCUCCCCGUCGGAGGGCAACGGCAUGCUCGGAAGCUCAGAGGAGACUCAGUUGAGAAGUAGAGGAAAGGAAGAGGUGGAUCAAGAACAGCCCGGACAAGUGUUUGAGCAAGGCCAGAUGAGUCACCUGAGCGCCAAUAGGCUCUCGAAUGCUGAUGAGGCAUCCAGGCCCGUUCAUGAAAAUGACAGUUGCCUUAGCCAGAAUGCGCUGGCGGUCCCAACUGCCACGGAUCAAAUGGUUCUCAGGUCCACGGUUCAAGAAAACGCAACAAGUCCUGCGGAAACCGAUCCACAAAUCAACUCUGAUUUAGAGGAGACAGCCGCGCAAAUCAUUGAUAAUUUUGAAGAGAGCUCUGAGGACAUUAUUCAAACACAGUCAAACAAACACAAAACCAACGAGGAAGGUCAUUUGACAAAGACGGAACCAUCGCUAGAAACUGUGAAAGAAUCGUGCAGCCAGGAUGAUCAUAGUUGCCAAGUAGAUGUUCACAAAUCAGAAUCGGCUCACCGAGAAGAAAUAAAAGAUUCUGAACCAGGUCUGCAAGUAGACGUUGUCCAUUUUGACUCUUGUCCCCAGGAAGACGUACAAGAAUCUGAAUCAUGUUCUGACCCUUGUCCCCGUGGACAAGGUGUUAAAGACCCCAAAUCUUGCCUCCAAGUAGUCAAAGAUUUUGAAUCAAAUUCCCACGAAGAAGACAUAAACGAUUCCGGUUUAUGUCGCAGAGUGGAUGCCCCAAAAUUGGAACAGUGUCCUCAAGUAGACGCGCACGAUUCUAAAUCCUUUCCUGAAGCAGAUGUCCAAGAUUUUGUAGACCUACAAGUUCCAGAAUUGUGUCUCCGAGUCGAUUCUGAUUUGCUUCCUCAAGAUGGUAUCCAAGGUUUGGACUCCGUUCCCCCAGUAGAUGUUCAAGAUUCUCAAACUUGUCUUCAAGAAAAUAGAACUGAUCGCGCACCUGUUGACUCAUGCCCCCAAUUAGAAGAUAAAGAUUCUGAAUCAUGUCCCCAAGUACAGGUCCUCAAGGAUGCGCAAUCUAGUCUCCAGUUAGAUGUAAACGAUUAUGAAUCACAUCCCGUCCAAGGAGACAGAAAAGAUCCAGAAUCUUCCGAAUCAUAUCCCCAAAAAGAAUCCACAAACGAUCCAGAAUCUCGUCUCCAAGUAGAUAUAAACGAUUCUGAAUUACGUUCCCAAGUUCCUGUUGCUGAAGAUUCUGAACCUGGUCUCCAAACAGUAGAUCCUGAGUCCAACACUGAGCCGCAGCAUGAAACCGCUGAGGCAAGCAGCGAUGAGGGAGAUAAAAAUGCCACCAAGCCGGCGGCACGUAAGAGUGCUAACGCACGUGGGAAAAAGAAAAAAAAGAAGAGGAGAGGCAAAAGGAAAGGAGGCUCCCUUGAGGAACAAAAUCACCAAGAAAAUGCGACGGCUCCCGCGAGCGGUCAGAUGGCCGGCGUGACAGCAGAUUUAGGAAAGGAUGAGUCUGCUGCAGACUGUGGCAACGACGGGAACGCCCUUGAACGCCUCCCUGAAUCAGUUGUCCAUCGAGUAGAUGCAUCUGACCCGGUGGAUCGCACGGAAACCUCAAAUGAGCCCACGGAAUCCACAGUGGCGCAAACGCUCAAUCCGAAUGAGUCCAACGUACGGAUCCCUCAACCGGAAACCCCCGCGGAGACUUUUUCGCUCACUUCGCCACUCGUUCGGACAAAAACGGAUCAUGAUGGAGAAGAAAGUUUGGAUUCUGCGGAAGUGGGGGAAGGAUGCGUUCAAGGGUCUGAGCCGGAGGCGGGUCACGGCGGCCCUGAUCUUUUGGGGAGUUGUGACAAGGACUCCGUUUUCGAUGAGACCGCCACGGUUGACAUUUCAGGCCACGGUGACACAAGUUCAUCAGGUGUUGUCCAUAGUGAAUGUGAAACAAGUUCUGAAACUACAAACUGUAAUAAAGAAGACUCGGGAGCCGUGUUAGAAGUUGAAAGCCACGGUGAAACAGCUCACUUUGAAGCUCUUGAAAGUCAGAAUCCGAUGUCUGUUGGGGUAGUUCCUGAUACCUUUGAGGAUUUUGAGAACGCUUUGGAACUGAAAACUUUGCCAAACCAAGACGAUCAGGAACCGGAAGCAGAAUGCGAGUACAGAUUAAGAGAGGAACAUCAACACGUGUUGGAAAAUGAGCAGUUGUUCGAUUUAGUCAAGAUGGAGAAUUCCUUGUGCGACCUUGACAACGGGGAGAUGGUCUUGGAGACUCAGGCCGAAGCGAUUGCUGACAAACAGACAUUGGCGUGCGAAGAGCGUGUUGACGCUGCCUCAGACACCGAGGUCCAGACCCCAGAGUCCGAGAAAACCAGAUGUGAAGUCGGUCCUGAAAAAUGUCCUCCCGCGGACGAACAUGAGCAGCGUGAAAGCAGUCAAGGUGACCGGGAAGUCCCUCUCGCUCUCGACACCUACCGACAGGACUGCGAGGAGGAUGUCAAUGAUGAAGAUGAGAAAGGGCAGUCCUUUGACUUUGAUGACAUGGAUAUAGACCAAGCCAUGGAGACGGAGACGCUCGAAGAUCCGCAGGGGAAGGAAGUUGAGCCGGGACCUGAAGAAGUCCUGUUAGAUGAACUAAAUACCGAUCGUGACAGUCACGCCGAAAAGCAAAAGGAGAGAGAGGCGAGUACGCGUGACGCCACACCAGAGAAUCCGGAGCAGCCGGACGUCGACGUGGCUGCUGAAGUCCUGCCUGAUGAAUCCAGUAACAAUAAUAACAGUAACAUUGAAGAGCCAAAGGACAGCGAGGCUAGCGCAUAUGUCGCCACACCAGAUAACAUCUUAGUUGACGUGGAAUCCGUACCUGAACAUUUGGAAACUGUAGACAACGUGAAGGAGAAUAGCGAGUCUUCCAACACCGAAGUAUCGGAAACCACGGACGUAGACCAUCUCCCACCCGAGGCUCCGCCUUUAGCGGUAGAAGCUUUGGUUGCCGUUGAGAACCCGCGAGAUUUAAGCACGACCCUCAGCAACCGAGAGACGCCGCUCUCUGGAAAAGAUGGGAAGAAAAAUGGAAAGAAGGGCAAGAGCAAGGGCAGAGAUGAAUGCAAGGUGACUUAGCGCUUACAAAACAAACAUACAGUGUGAUAUUCUUUUUUGUUUUAUUAUUUCUUAAUGUGUAGCUUUUGAAUGGACACAAAGUUUUAUUUGUUUGCCAGUUGUACGUGCGAGAAAAAAAAUUAUAUCAUGCUGUUGAUCGUUUUGGGUUCACAUUUUUUCUGUUUUUUUGUUGUUUGUUUUCAUUAUUUAAGGACCUGUUCAGCCCUUUGCGUUGUAGUUAACGUAUACAAAGUUGAGAAAAAGACUGACUGUUGUCGUUUUUCUAAGCAGGCCAAAAUGAAACGUGUCGUCUGCAAAUUUCAUCCGUAAUGUUGCCUGUGUCGGGUUAGUAUUUUGGUUUGGAUUCGCAUUGGCCUUGGAGGUUUAGGUUUUGGGGCUGCGGUAUGAAGUUUGCAUUAGGAUCAGGGUCAGUAGUUAGGAUUGCGGAUGGAGUUUUAACGUACGGUUAGAGCCAGAAAUUACGGUUGGUGUCAGGAGGUUCAAGGUUAGGGGGGUCUCGUUGAGGUUAGACUGGGUUUAGGUUGACGGCAUGCGUAAACCAAUGCAAGCUACAGGUCACUUUUUUAUUGCACUUAAUGAAUGCUGG